GUUGUUCUUAAGGAGGAAGUGUGUGAAUUCAGAGGUUUCAAUUCCAAGUUGUGAUUCUCUGUAGUAGAACACGAAUUUCAGAAUGGCCUGAGGAUUGGGGUUUAGAACUUUGGGUUAAAAAAAGUGUGUUUCAAGUUUCAGAACGAGCUCGGGACCUGAAAAUUUGAAUGGUGAUUUUGGUGGAGGCGAAUGGUUGAUCAAAAAUGCCAAGCAUUAGAGCUCCGGCUACUAAGAAAACCACCACACUUACGGUGGCUGUCAAAUGUAGGCCACUGACAGAGAGAGAACGAGGUCGUGAUAUUGUUCGAGUGAACAACAAUAAGGAUGUCUAUGAGAGAAGUAUAUCUUCUACAAUUGCUGGGGUCAUUCAAGGUCUCAACGCAACUGUAUUUGCAUAUGGUUCUACUGGGAGCGGUAAAACGUACUCAAUGGUUGGAACUCAAGAUGAUCCAGGACUUAUGGUUCUCAGUCUGCAUACAAUUUUUGAUCUUAUUAAAAAGGACAAUAGCUCUGAUAUUUUUGAAGUUUCUUGUUCCUACCUUGAAGUCUACAAUGAAGUUAUCUAUGAUUUGCUUGAAAAAUCAGCGGGUCACUUGGAACUCAGAGAGGAUCCAGAGCAAGGAAUAGUAGUUGCUGGCCUUAGAUGUAUCAAGGUUAAGUCAGCUGAUAAGAUUCUUGAACUUUUGAAUUCGGGGAACAGUAGACGAAAAACAGAAAGCACAGGGGCGAAUGAAACUUCCUCUCGCUCACAUGCAGUUUUGGAGAUAACUGUGACAAGAAAACAGAGAAACAAAUAUUCAAAUCAGAUCAUUAGAGGAAAACUUGCCCUUGUGGAUCUUGCUGGCAGUGAACGAGCUUCUGAAACAAAUAGUGGAGGCCAAAAGCUGAGAGAUGGUGCCAAUAUCAACCGAUCACUUCUGGCUUUGGCAAACUGCAUAAAUGCUUUGAGAAAACAGCAGAAGAAGGGUCUAGCCUAUGUUCCUUACCGCAAUAGCAAACUGACGCGGAUUCUUAAAGAUGGUCUGAGUGGAAAUUCUCAAACAGUUAUGAUUGCUACCAUAUCUCCUGCUAAUAGUCAGUAUCAUCACACUGUUAAUACCUUGAAGUAUGCUGACCGAGCAAAGGAAAUAAAGACACACAUCCAGAAAAAUAUAGGCACAAUUGAUAUCCAUAUGUCAGAUUACCAACGGAUGAUUGACAGUCUUCAGAUAGAGGUUUGCCGGUUGAAAAAGGAAUUAGCUGAAAAGGAAUCGCGACUAAGCGCCAAACCUACGGAGAAAACAGUGGAUGCUGAAUUGUCUUGGUUGAAUAUAUUGAGCCAAGAAACGAGUGAAAAUGUUCAGGAGAGGAUAAACUUACAGAAAGCUCUAUUUGAACUUGAGGAAACCAACCUUCGUAACCGCAGCGAACUCCAACAUCUUGAUGAUGCUAUAGCAAAACAGCAGGCUAUUGAAAAGGAUGGAGCAGUUGUGCAGGCUUUAGGAGCAAGGCGGCAAGUCGUUCUGGAUAAUAUUCGUGACAAUGACGAGCUUGGUGUCAAUUACCAAAAAGAAAUUGAAGCAAAUGAGAAGCGCAGGUGCCAACUACAAGAUAUGAUUGAGGAAGCUAUAAGUAACAAUGGCAACAAAACCUACUUGCGAAUUCUCAGUCAAUACAGGCUUCUGAAAAAUAUAGGCACAAUUGAUAUCCAUAUGUCAGAUUACCAACGGAUGAUUGACAGUCUUCAGAUAGAGGUUUGCCGGUUGAAAAAGGAAUUAGCUGAAAAGGAAUCGCGACUAAGCGCCAAACCUACGGAGAAAACAGUGGAUGCUGAAUUGUCUUGGUUGAAUAUAUUGAGCCAAGAAACGAGUGAAAAUGUUCAGGAGAGGAUAAACUUACAGAAAGCUCUAUUUGAACUUGAGGAAACCAACCUUCGUAACCGCAGCGAACUCCAACAUCUUGAUGAUGCUAUAGCAAAACAGCAGGCUAUUGAAAAGGAUGGAGCAGUUGUGCAGGCUUUAGGAGCAAGGCGGCAAGUCGUUCUGGAUAAUAUUCGUGACAAUGACGAGCUUGGUGUCAAUUACCAAAAAGAAAUUGAAGCAAAUGAGAAGCGCAGGUGCCAACUACAAGAUAUGAUUGAGGAAGCUAUAAGUAACAAUGGCAACAAAACCUACUUGCGAAUUCUCAGUCAAUACAGGCUUCUGGGAAUGGCUAAUACAGAGCUUCAGUUUGAAAUGGCAAUGAGAGAUCAAAUUAUUUACAACCAACGGGAAGCGCAGAGGAACCUGUGGAAUUUGCUUAUGAGUUUAGGACUUGACGAGAAACAGGUAUUAGAGCUUGCUGCAAAACAGGGGAUAGCAAUUGAAGACUGGACAAGGACACCUUAUCAGGGGUUGUCAGAUAGGAGGCACUCACAAAAUGUGGACUGCCAAAGUAUUACUCCAUUAUCAUAUGGUCCUUACAUUGGGCAGUCAUAUGCUAGAUCAUCUUGGAUCUUCCAACAAAACCAAGACUUUGGUGCCAGGUCAUUUUCCUUGGGAAAUUGGAAACUGCCUCUAACAUUUUGCAGGGAGGAGCACCACAAUUCAUAUUACUACCGGUCUCAGGAUCACUCCUCAUCAGCCUAUUUAAGGCUGAGGAGUAGCGAGCAAUGGGUCAGUGGCAGGCCAAGUUCACAGUUUGGCACCCCUGAUCAAUAUCCCCAUAAGUUGCGCAAUUCCUGUCCACAGAUGAGAACCCAGUUCCCCCCAUAUGGUGAAGGUUGCAUGUCAACUUUGUCCUUCAGUGCUGACUUCGGACAGCAGCAGAAGGAGGCAUGGACUAAUGCAAUGAGGCAACCAUUACACGAGGGUUCUCUCGUUGGAACUAGUGGCAGCCAAGACUCCUGUAAAGGAAUAAUAAUGUGUCACGGUAGGUCAACCCCAGGUCUGUUCGAAUACAGCUCAUUGGAUCAAGGUUCUAGCCUGCUUAGCUCUAACCAAGUGUUUCGAAAUCCUAUACCCCCAAAUCACUCAGAUGUUCCCUGGUUGCUCGCCUCAUAUUCCACCUCCAGGCCAACUUCUUUUAGUUCCUGUGGCAUUAAGUCUCACCCCUCUUAA